AUGUCUCAACUUCACCCUCCGCGCCAGUUGUCGCAGCCGCUUGUCUCGCAGCAAGGCACGUCGGGGCUGUCAGAUCAGGACGGGCAUUUACGAGCCGUUCCUUCUCUUCUCUCCGGCCCUCAGCCGCCCUCCUCUCUGCUACUCCCGUCAUCCCCCAUGCUGCGGCAGCAGCAAGCAAUUCAACCGCUGCCCGCCGCACAGAACGAGCAGCCACUGGCGGGCCCGUCCGCGGGCAAGAAGCGCCGCCACCUUGUGGACGAGCCGCCAGGGCUGUGGUUGGGUGACGAGUGCGACGCUGCCACGUGUACGUCGGACCGGUCGGGCAGCCCGUGUGGCGUGUGCGCGGCGAGCGUGCUGGUGGUGCAGGGCGACCGCGGGUGGCGCGAGGGCGGGGCCGCCGUGGAGGCGCGGGUGGUGGGCGACGAGGAGAGCGGGGGCGGGGCGAGCGCGCACGUGCUCGCCGUGCUGCUGCGCGGCCACGCGCGCUUCUCGUACCGCCCGGAGCAGGCGGGGGCGACGGGCAGCAGCAACCGCGUGACUGGCGCCAUCAUGUGGCGCCCCCCCGACGCCGACGCAGGCAGCAGCAGCGCGGGCUCGUGGGCGCUGGAGUUCGCGGAGAGGAAGGAGUGGCGAAGGUUCCAGCAGCUGCACGACUCAUGCGCGCAGCGCAACAGCCGCGGUGUGUCAGCGCGUCGCAUCCCCAUCCCCGGCGUGCGCGUCGUGCCCUGGCGCUGGCGCCUGCGCGGCUCCUCCGCGUGCGCGGCCAGCAGCAGCGCCAGCAGCGACAGUGUAGCGGGGGGGCCAGUGGGGAGCGCGGAGGCGGGUGAGGGGCGCGAGGCGUUCGCCCCCCCGGCGGGGUACAUCCGCGGCGUGGACGAGGCGGAGCGCGUGCAGCCCGGCAGCCGCCACGUGGUGUACGACCUCGACUCCGACGACGAGCGCUUCCUCUCCGCGCUCCCCCGCACCCUCGCAAGGGGAGAGGCGCAGGCAAGGGGGGAGGCGCAGGCAAGGGGGCAGGGGCAGGCAGGGGUUGACGACGAGCGCUUCCUCUCCGCGCUCCCCCGCACCCUCCGCCGCGCAGGGGGGCAAGGGCAGGCAGGGGGUCAAGGGCAGGCAGGCGGGGAAGGGCAGGCCAGGGGGGAGGGGCAGGUAGGGGGGAAUGGGCAGGCAGGGGCAGAGACGGCAGGACAAGGGGUUGAGAGUGGUGCCUGUGAGGGCAGAGGGAGUGAUGGGGAAGUGGUGGGGAGUGCGAUGGCGGUGAGCGAGGGGCAGGUGGAGAGGGUGAUGGACCGGUUGGAGAAGGAGGCCUUUGCUGCGCGCUCGCUGCUCUCCGAGGCGCACGCCCUGCGCUGCUGCGCGCACCUGGCGCCGCCAGAUGCCGUGCGCGCCGUCUUCCACCACUGGCGCUCCAAGCGCGCCCGCAAGGGCACCGCCCUCUGCCGCCACUUCCAGCGCGCGCCGUGGGAGGUGUAUCAGGCGCAGGUGAACGAGUGGCAGCGGCAGCUGCAGCUGCUGCACGCCCGCGAGGCCACGCCCCUCGCUCCGUCUCCUGCGCCCCUCGCUGCGUCUCCCACGCCGUGGCCCCCGGGACAGCCAGCAGGAGGUGCGGAGGCAGCAGCGGAGCAGAGGGCGGGCGAGGGAGCGGGGGUGGGUGGCAUGGCGAGGCAGGGGGGGAGUGGUGUCGCGCUGCAGAGGGCACCACUCGACCACUCGCAGCAGCAGCAAGAAGAGGGAGGGGAGCAGCAGCAGGAGGGAGGAGCGGGGCGUGCGGUAGCAGGGCAGCAGGGGCAAGUGUCACCUGGUGCAGCAGUCACGCACGAGCAGCGGGAGCAGCGGGAUUCCCACGGCCAGCAGCACGCACCCAGCACGGCAGCAGCAGGUGCCGAGGCAUCAGCAGGUUUAUCCACUCCUGCGCGCCUUCCCAGAAGCCCGGCCGCCUCCUCUCCCUUCCCCUCACCCAUUCCCUUCGGCACCCCCAUCACCCCUGGCCCUGGCAGUGCAGCGCAGCAGCAGCGCGUGCCCGCCAUCCCCCGCCCGCCUCUCUUUGCCUUCUGCCUGCAGCCGCGCGCCCACGCGCGCAGGGCCGCCUUCCCCUCGCGCCCGCGCUCCACCAAGCGCGCGCCGCCCUCCGCGGAGCACGUGGCAGGCGCAGGCGCAUGGGGCGGCGCUGCUGCGGACAGUGUGGAAGGCAGCCCGCGGGUGGGGGGCGUGGCGACGCGCGCAGGGGCGCUCCCAGUGGGCGCGGCGCAGCAGGGGGGGCGGCGAGAGGGCGCGGAGGGGCUGGUGGCGGCCAAAAGGCAGCGCCGUGUUGUCUGCCUCGCAGGUGAGCCCAACUCUUCCCCUCGCCCAACUCUUCCCCUCGCUCGCCCUUCCGCCCUGCCCCACGCCUUCUCCCCACUCCCUGCACCGCCUCAAUUCCCCACACCUCCCUCCUGCCAAACCCUUGCUCGCUCGGCUGUGCCCCUUUCUGCAGAUCUGGGAAGCGAGGAGGCAGAGGACAGCAGCAAGGGCGGCUCAGCAGGCGGGGCAGCAGGCGGAGCAGCAGAGUCUUUCCCUGGCGCAGGCCAUGAGGGGGUGAGUGCGCCGCAUGGGGACCUAUCUCGCGCGCACCCCUCGUCUGCGCGCCCCUCGCCCACAGCGUGGCCUCGCCUCACCACCACCUCGCCGCGGUCUCCCCUCCCCUUCGCCUUCCGCCUGAGCCCGCGCCUCAACACCCCCCCGGAGCCCGCACACUUGGAUGCCUCUCCGCAAGCGCUGCCGCUGGCGCAGCAGCAGGUGUAUGGGGGGGGCGAGGGGGGGAUGAGGCAGUUGCUGAGGCAGCAGCAGGCGAGGCACGCGAGGGGGCGGCCAGCGUGGGGCGUGCAGCUGAUGGGCAGCGCGGGGAUGAGCGGGGCGGGUGGGGACGAAGCAGCAGUGCGCUCGGCCCCACACGGUACUGCUGUGGGGCCCCUUGCGCUGCCUGCUGCUGCCUCCGCGCAGCACCUGCUGCCCGGCGCCCCUGAGAGUGGCGCCACCGCUGCACUCGCGGCUUUGGUGGGGGCAGGGGCAGGGCAGCAGUGGGAGUAUGGGAGGGGCGGCAGCACAAGGGGCGAGGGCGAGGGCGAGGGCGAGGGCGAGGGCGAGGGCGAGGGCGAGGUGGGGCAGGUGUGUGGAGCGGCGGGUGUGCGGUCAGAGCUGCUGUCGCUGGCGCACGCGCGCAUGGGCAAUAAGGGUGGCGCACGCAGUGGAACCGCGCAGGCAGCAGCAGCAGCUGGUGCUGCUGUGGCGGCGCCAGCGGAGGGCAGGGGUGCAGCGCCGAGGGAUGCGGGCGUGGGGCAGUGGGCGCAGUGCGGGGCGGAGGGUAGGCCGUUGCUGUUGCCGUUUGGUGUGAGAGGUAGAGUGCACGCGAGGGCAGGCGCAGGGGGGAGGGGGGGAAGGCGCAGGGCGCGGGCAGUGUUGGUGCUGCAGCAGACACAGCAGCAUGUGGGGUUGGCAGGGCAGGCGGAGGAGGUAGCAGGCGAGGCAGGGCGCACACAAGCAAGUGGCGGCAGCUCGGUGAGUGGCACAGAGAUGCAGGCAGCAGGUCUCGACGCACACGCUCACGUAGGCAGCAGCACCGGGGGGAGGCGGGUGGUGGGUGACAGGCUGCCUCGGGCGAGCAGGCUAGCGGCGCCGGCGCCUGGCGUGCGUGGCAGUGGUGGCUCCGUAGCAGCAGCUGGUGGGCGCGAGGCACACACCACAGUGGCUUUUGAGUCGACUCAAAAGGCGCCUGGCGUGCGUGGCAGUGGUGGCGCCGUGGCAGCAGUUGGUGGGCGCGAGGCACACACCAUAGUGGCCGGGGGUGCAGUGAGCGCACAGGUGCUGGGGUGUGCUGGGCAAGGUGCUGAAGAUGAAGAGUGUCGCGGGGAGGGGGAGGUAGGGAGAGAGGCGGGAGCAGAGAGCGGUGGUGCUGACGUGAAAAGUGGAGAGGCGGAGGAUGGGGUGGGUGGAGGGGCGGGCAAGGGCCCGGUGGUGUACCACCGAAAGCGACAGCGGUCGUGGCGAGCAGCAGGCAGUGGGGGGGGGCACGCGGGCAGCGCUGCUGCCUGGGCCUGCCACGCUGCUGCGUGGCGCCCAGGCAGGCCCAGCAGGGCCGGCCUGUCCCCUGCCCACCUGCUCCUGCCUCUCUCCCCCUCACCACAGCAGCAGCAGCAGCAGCAGCGGGCGGGCAGCAGUCCAGUGGCGCCGAGGCCGUCGUUCCCAUCGUUCCCGUCGCCGUCGUUCCCGUCGCCCUCAUCAGUGGCCAAGCAGCGAGCAGCCGUCACGUACCGCCGCGCUGACGUCACCCUGCGCCGCGCUGAUGUCACGCUGGGCGAGGAGGGGUGUGGCUUCAGCCUGCUGCUGCCCUUGCCGCACUUCCCCCUGCGCGCUGCCUCCGUCACGCAUGAGCCUGCUGACAUCACUCUCCCGCAUGCUGAGGGGUGUGGGGAUGUGUGGAGCAUGGGGGGAGGGGAAAAAGAGAGUGAAGGGUGCAGCAGGGAAGUAAUGGGCUUGGCGCUGCCUGCAGCAGUUGCUGUGGAUGGGGUAGUGGAGGGGCAUGGCUGCAUGAGUGCACACGAGCACAUGGCUGGUGCCAGGAGCUGCCAGGAGAACACUGAUGCGGUGCACGUACAAGUGGAUGGGAUGCAGUGGGGCAGUGCAUCUGCGGGAGAGGCGGUGCAGGUAGCACAUGAAUCAGGUGGAGAUGAGACUAGCGGGGAGGGGCAAGGCAGGCAAACACACAGGGAGGAGGGAUGCGUGGUUCAGCUGGGUGGGCACAGGAUAGUUGAGGGGGUUGAGGGGAGAGGCGAUGGGUUGGAGGGGUGUGCGAGUGUGAUGCAUGGGGUGGAGGGGCGUGAAGAGGGAGGCUCACACACGCGCAGGCAGCAGGUGGGGGAGGAUAGGGCUGCUGCCACAUGUCAUGCUGGGGUGGGGGCGAGGGAUGCAGACGCAGCACACGGGUGUGAAGGAGGCGAGGGUGGCAUAGAGGGGGCAGUGAGCAGUGGAGUUGAGUGUGCAGCAGCAGGGCAAGUGGGGAGAGGAGGUGCGGAUGAGGAGUGCGAGGCAAUGCAGGGAGAGCAGUGUGUGCUGCAGAGUGGCUGUGUGCGGUGUGGGCAUGUCGUGGCGGGGAGGGCGCAGUGUGAGCGCGGGAGCCACGCAGGAUUGCCAGGCGCAGGGGACGAAGCAGCUUGCAGGGAUGGUUCAGGGUCGGCGGGUGUGGGAGAGGCUGCCUGUGCGGGGCAGGGUGAGGGCGGUCAGAAGGACGGGGCAGCUGUGAUGGUGAUGGGGCUGCUGCCACCUCUGCCUGCCCCCGAGGCCGCUUCUUGUGAGCAGUGGGUGGGGUGUGGUGGGAAGGGGUGGAAGGAACAUCCCACAGUGGUGUUGCAAGGGCAGGCCCAUUCAGGGGAGGUGGGGACAACAGCGGGCUUGGGUGGCACAGAGGAGGGUGAGAGGCACAGCAGAGUGGGCAGUUGA